AUGGUUCCUCCAAACCUGACUGGUAUAUCUCCGAAUACGGAAUGUGAAGUAGAGGAAGAUGACCGUCGAUUGGGUACACUCUGUCAAAGGAUUAGGCAAAAUCCGCUAUUAAAUCAAGACCAACAAUAUCAGUUGGCUGCACUGGUUUUGAAAUACGUUGACUGCUUUGGAGUGGACUACCAAGACCUCUCUCAAACCAACCUCUGUGAGUUCCAUGUAGAUACCGGUAAUGCUAAGCCUAUUUACAACAGACCUUAUUCGUUUGUGUCUCAUUCAGAGAAAGAGCUAUUGAAGAAAGACCUGGAGAAAAUGGUUGAUACCGGAGUGUUAAUCCCAAAUCAUUAUCCACCCUCCAAUUCAAAGAAUCAAGGAUGGUCUUUUCCGUGUAGAUAUGUUGAUAAGAAAACUGGUGACAAAAGAUUGGUUUCCAAUUUUAUUACUCAUAAAAAGGUGACUGUAAGGGAUAAGUGGCCAUUGUCUGACCUGACGUCAGUAAUCGAAGACCUAGGAAAGUCCAAGGUGUAUUCUGCGCUGGAUUUACUGAAGGGU